CUUACAUCCCGCUGUCUAUUUAGAACAACAUAGGUCUUUCCAGCUAGUCUGAGAAAACCGGCCUUUACGUUCCCAUCGUUACCGAUAUUUUCAAUCUCGGAAAGAUGGACGUACUUCAGCGUCUAGCCCGGUUCUUGGAUCGGCCCCUCUUCCCAUGGAAGAAGCUUAUUAUGGGCUUUUCCGUUGCUCAAUAUCUCUUCGAGGAAUUUCUAUCGCUUCGACAGUACGGAGUCCUCAAGAAAACCAAGCCCCCUAAGGUCCUCGAAAAAGAGGUCGCUCAGGAUGUCUAUGAUAAAAGUCAGGAAUAUGGUCGAGCUAAAGCGCAAUUCGGUUUCGUGAGAGGUCUCUGGGGUCAGAUCCAGAACAUCGCCUUCAUUCAUUAUGAUGUCCUUCCGAAACUAUGGUCAUGGACUGGAACUCUUCUUCAAUUCUUACCUGCUCGAUUCUCUGGCGAGAUCUCUCACUCGAUUGUCUUCGUCCUCACGUUUAUUCUGAUCCAACAAGUAUUGUCUCUGCCUGCCAACGUUUAUCACACAUUCGUCUUAGAGGAGAAGUUCGGAUUCAAUAAGCAAACGCCUAAACUAUUCAUCACGGAUAUGAUCAAGUCGAACCUUCUCGCCUUCGUCUUUGCGCCUCCUAUCCUUGCCGGUUUCCUCAGCAUCGUAAAGAAGACGGGUACUCAAUUUGUCACUUACCUAUGGUUGUUCACUGCUGUUCUUCAGGUUUUCAUGAUCACUGUCUACCCGAUUUUCAUCUUGCCCCUGUUCAACAAGCUGUCCCCUCUGGAAGAAGGCAAACUGAAGGCCGAGACCGAAGCAUUGGCAAAGAAGCUGAAGUUCCCUCUCCACGAAUUAUUCGUCAUCGAUGGCAGCAAACGCAGUGCACAUAGCAAUGCCUAUUUCUUCGGACUCCCGUGGAAGAAGCACAUUGUCAUCUACGACACACUAAUCGAGAAGAGCAAUGAAGAAGAGGUAGUCGCUGUUCUUGCGCACGAACUUGGCCAUUGGAGCCUCGGCCAUACCACCAAGCUUUUCGGCGUUUCCCAGCUCAAUGUAUUCUACAUCUUCAGUCUGUUCUCGGUCUUCAUCAACAAUGCCUCGUUGUAUGCCGACUUCGGAUUUACCAAGGAACAUCCCAUCAUUAUCGGAUUUAUCCUAUUCUCAGAUGCGCUGGCCCCGAUGGAUCUUGUAAUUAAGUUGUUGAUGAACAUCAUGAGCCGUCGUUUCGAAUUCCAGGCAGACGAGUUCGCUCGCAACCUAGGUUACAAGGCCGAACUAGCAUCCUCCCUCAUCAAACUCCAGAUCCAGAAUCUGAGCACGAUGGAUGCGGACUGGAUGUAUGCCAGCUACCACUUCUCCCACCCUAUCCUUUCUGAGAGACUGAAGGCCCUAGAAUGGACGCCUACUGGGAAGGUGGUGGAAGAGAAGUCGGAGAAGUCAGAGGAGAAUGGUGUUGAGAAGGCCAGUGGACGAGAACUAUAGAUCUUAUGAUUGAGGUCUCAAUCCCAAAGAAAAUGUACGAUUAGAAUCUCAUAGAGGUCCUAAUUUGUACGUAAUGUCACCCCUAUUUUAGUGUCCCUAUUAGAUCCCUGGUUUUUAUUAGCCGGCUAAAGGUGUUUGUUUCCAUAUGAAACAAGGGGGGGAGUAAAAGUGACUCGGAUUUUAUUAUGGUUCUAUUUGGCGACCGUACUCUAAUUGUGAAUAACAACAGAAAUGCGUACGCUGUCAGUGAAUUUCGGUUAAAAACAUGCAUGUUGCGCGUUAACUGGAUAUGCACCAAG